AGAAGUAAAAAAUAAAAUAAAAAUCCUAAAAAAGAAAUAAAAAAAUGCGCCUUACCAAAUCUAUUAUGCGAAUCUUAAAACGGGUCAUAAAAAAGCCAAGUAGGUGGUAUUUAUCGGGUCGGGUUCUGACUCGCGAAUCUCCAAACAACCAACAAUUUUAUUUUCUUCUCUUUUACAGUAUUAUUCUUUUUUUCUCUUAUAAAAAGAGCGUAAUCCGCUGCUGUUUAUCAAAAUCGAAACCCUCGUCUCCUCACUCUCCAUUCCAUACACCCACAGAAAACAAUCUAGUUUUAGGAAGAAGAAUAAGAAUAAUUCUUUGCAUAAGAUCCUCUUUUUGGUGAUUUCUAGGUUUGUAUGCAUCUUUAUUUCCGCAUUUACCUCUGUAUGGGACAACCUAUUGCAGCCAUGGAUGCGUAAAUUGAUCCCGAUUACAUGUUUGUUCAUCGCAAUAUCGACAAACCAACAGUUUUUACAUGCAAGAGAUGACAGUUAUUGGCAAAAUUUUUCCCACGGUGGUUGAAGAUCAUUCAUUACUUUCAAACAUUAGGGCGGCAUUCAACUGAAGAGGAAUUUGGGUGAACGUUUUCGAGUAUGUCUCAACAGUCAUCACGGCUGAAUCGGCUGCUCACUUUGCUGGACACCGGUUCGACUCAAGCAACUAGGUUUUCUGCAGCCAGGCAGAUAGGGGAAAUUGCCAAAUCACAUCCCCAGGACCUGAACGCUCUUUUGAGUAAGGUGUCACAGUAUCUACGCAGUAAAAAAUGGGAUACCAGGGUGGCUGCUGCUCAUGCCGUGGGAGCUAUUGCGGAAAAUGUUAAACAUGCAUCUGUGACUGAACUUUCUAGCUGUGUUGAGGUCAAGAUGUUAGAAGCUGGGAUAUCUACCAGCUUUGAAGAUAUAUUGAGUUGGUCCAACUGCCAUUCUAAAAUUGGAGCAGGCAUUUCUUUCAGAAGUUUUGAUCUAAACAAGGUGUUGGAAUUUGGGGCUCUGGUGUCAUCUGGGGGGCAGGAAUUUGAUAUUGCAAGUGACAACAGCAAGAAUCCUAAGGAGAGACUGGCUCGGCAGAAACAAAAUCUUAGGCGUCGAUUGGGUUUAGACAUGUGUGAGCAGUUCAUGGAUGUCAAUGAUGUGAUAAGGGACGAGGACCUUAUUAUGCACAAAAUUAAUUACUCUGGGAAUGGGAUUGCAUUUCAGUAUUUCUCUCAACCUCGUAAUAUCCAACAACUUGUGACAAGCAUGGUGCCAUCCAGAUCUAGAAGACCCAGUGCCAGGGAGCUGAAUCUCUUGAAACGGAAGGCAAAAAGUAAUUCAAAAGAUCAAUCCAAAGGGUGGUCGAAAGAUGGGGAUACAGAGGCAGCACAGUCACUUGAUAUGGUAUCACCGAAGAGCAUCUCCGUAGACUCAUCAAGCUCUUAUAAGCAACUUACAGAUACCGUUUCUGAUGAUGAAAGUUUUGAGAAUGAAGGAGAUGGGAGUUGGCCUUUCCGAAGUUUUGUUGAGCAACUCCUCAUUGAUAUGUUUGACCCUGUUUGGGAGAUUCGACAUGGGAGUAUCAUGGCUCUUAGAGAGAUAUUAACCUAUCAAGGAGCUAGUGCUGGAAUCCUUAUGCCUGAAGUCAGCUGUCGUAGUGCGUCUUUAUCGAAUAUCGAAGUUAAAGAUAAUGAAUCUGCAAUAAAGAGAGAGAGGGAAAUUGAUUUGAAUGUGCAAGUUCCCAUGGAUGAAUUCGAGCCGGUUUUGAAGAGACCAAAACUUGAAGACGCACCAUUUGAGAUGAUUAGCUCUGGAGAUGGAGAUCUAGACAUCUGCAUAAAAGCUGAUGAUGGAGGGCAACUUCCUACUGCACAUGCAAAUGGAGAAAUUGAUGUUAGUUUUGUGAAGUUGGAAUCUCACUCUGGUAUUGACAGUGCUAGCCAUUCUAUUAAUGAUGCUACAUCGACAAAACAAUACUCUGAGGACAAUGAACCUUUGGAGAAGAUAAAUAUAUUGAAAAAUCUUCCUCAAAACUCUGAGCUCAUGAACUUCGUAAGAGAUGCCAGGACUUCUUGGCUGCGAAACUGUGAAUUUCUGCAAGACUGUGCAGUUCGCUUCUUAUGUGUUUUGUCACUAGACAGGUUUGGAGACUACAUCUCAGAUCAGGUUGUGGCACCAGUGAGGGAAACCUGUGCUCAAGCUUUAGGUGCUGUCCUCAAGUACAUGCAUCCAACAUUAGUUCAAGGGACGUUGAACAUUUUGUUGCAGAUGCAGCGUAGACCAGAAUGGGAGAUUCGUCAUGGGAGUCUGUUGGGCAUUAAAUAUUUAGUUGCUGUUCGACAGGAGAUGCUCCAUGAUUUACUGGGAUCUAUUCUUCCUGCUUGUAGAACUGGGCUUGAAGAUCCCGAUGAUGAUGUGAGAGCAGUUGCAGCAGAGGCUCUGAUACCAACUUCCGCUGCUAUUGUUUCUCUCAAGGGUUCAAUGCUGCAUUCUAUUAUUAUGCUGCUCUGGGAUAUUUUGCUUGACCUGGAUGAUUUGAGUCCCUCGACCAGCAGUGUAAUGAAUUUGUUAGCGGAAAUUUAUUCCCAGGAUCAGAUGAUUCCAAAAACUUUUGAUACCUUGGGCUCCAAGGAGACACUGGAGCUUGACCUUAAUGAAGUUGGUCAGGCAGAUGAUCUUGAAGAAGGGAUGAGUUCUCUGGAAAACCCUUAUAUGCUAUCAACACUCGCACCGAGGUUAUGGCCCUUUAUGAGACAUAGUAUCACUUCAGUCCGCUUUUCAGCAAUCCGCACCUUGGAACGUCUGCUUGAAGCUGGUUAUAGGAAGAGCAUCGCUGACGGAUCUUGCUCAUUUUGGCCUUCUUUUAUAGUUGGCGACACCCUAAGGAUUGUUUUCCAGAACUUGCUGCUCGAAUCAAAUGACGAGAUUAUGCAGUGCUCAGAGAGAGUUUGGAAUCUCUUAAUCAAAUGCCUGGUGGAGGACUUAGAAACUGCCGCAAAAUUAUAUUUCUCUUCAUGGAUUGUGCUUGCUUCUACUCCAUAUGGGUCUCAACUGGAUUCUACAAAAAUGUUUUGGCCUGUAGCCCUGCCUAGGAAAAGUCAUUUUAAGGCUGCAGCAAAAAUGAGAGCAGUUAAGAUGGAAAGUGAAAAUCAGAAAAAUGCCUCAGAAUCUGCCGAAAGCAUGUUAGGAGAUCAAAAUGGUGAUGCUUCUGCAAUUGCCGCUAAAAUAAUUGUUGGUGCGGAUUUGGAUAUCUCAGUAACUUAUACAAGAGUAGUUACGGCAACAGCUCUGGGUGUGAUGGCUUCUAAGUUAAGUGGUCCUUCCUUGCAAUAUGUGGUUGACCCAUUGUGGAAGGGAUUGACUUCUUUGUCCGGAGUCCAGCGACAGGUGGUCUCAAUGGUUCUAAUAUCUUGGUUUAAAGAAUUGAAAGACUCUGUAAAGUCUGAUGAAGUUAUUGCUGGCAUUUCAAGUAACUUCAGGGUUUUUUUGUUAGAUAUGUUAGCUUGUGGUAACCCUGCAUUUCCCACAAAAGAUUCUUUUCUACCAUAUGCUGAACUUUCAAGAACAUAUAGUAAGAUGCGAAAUGAGACCAGCCAAUUGUAUAAUGCUACAGAGGCAUCUGGCUUGUACAGUGAUCUGCUGUCAUCCAUUAAACUGGACAUCGAGAAUUUGACUGCAGAUGAUGCUGUGAAUUUUGCGUCGCAACUUGUAUUUUUGGGUAACACUAUUUCUGGGCUAGAAUCUGAUGGAAGGAAUUUAUCUGAGGAUUUAGAGUCUCUAAAACAAAAGCUUUUGACGACUGCUGGAUAUCUGAAAUGUGUUCAGAAUAAUUUGCAUCUUACUGUCUCCGCUUUACUAGCGGCUGCAUUUGUUUGGAUGUCAGAGCUUCCAGCAAAACUCAAUCCAAUAAUUUUGCCUAUAAUGUCUUCCAUUAAAAGAGAACAGGAGGAAAUACUGCAAAGUAAGGCUGCUGAAUCGCUGGCAGAGCUCAUCCAUCACUGCAUUGAACGCAAACCAGGUCCCAAUGACAAGCUAAUCAAGAAUCUUUGUUCAUUAACAGCCUCGGAUCCUUGUGAAACACCCAACGCUGGAGCUCUAAAUUAUGUUGAGAUUAUUGAAGACCAAGACCUUCUAUCCUUCGGAAGUAGUAGCGUAAAGCAGAAAUCAAAAGUUAACAUGUUAUCUGCUGGUGAAGACCGAUCAAAGGUUGAAGGUUAUAUUAGCAGACGUGGGUCUGAACUUGCAUUGAAAUAUUUAUGCAUGAAGUUUGGUGGUUCUUUGUUUGACAAACUUCCAAAGAUCUGGCAUUGCCUUGUUGAGGUCCUUAAGCCUUGUAAUCUUGAAGGCAUGACCGCAGAUGAUGAGAAGUUGAUUGAUCAAAUGAUUGAUUCCAUCAAAGAUCCUCAGACUUUGAUUAACAAUAUUCAAGUGGUGCGUUCUAUUGCUCCUUUCUUGGAGGCGACACUGAGACAGAAACUGCUCACUUUGCUGCCAUGUAUUUUCAGAUGUGUGAGACAUUCUCAUAUUGCUGUAAGAUUAUCUGCGUCAAGAUGUAUCACAGCAAUGGCCAAGUCAAUGACAUUAGAUGUUAUGGGUGUUCUUAUUGAGAAUGCUGUUCCUAUGUUAGGAGAUAUGUCAUCUGUGCAUGCCAGACAAGGAGCUGGCAUGCUUGUUAGUUUGCUUGUACAAGGAUUGGGUUUGGAACUUGUCCCGUAUGCUCCUCUGUUGGUAGUUCCUCUUUUGAGGUGUAUGAGUGACUGUGAUCAUUCUGUCAGACAGAGUGUAACACAUAGUUUUGCUGCCCUGGUGCCUCUGCUUCCGCUAGCACGUGGUAUGCCUCCACCUGUUGGCCUGACUGACCGUUUGUCCAGAAAUAAAGAAGAUGCACAGUUUCUGGAGCAGCUAGUUGACAACUCUCACAUUGAUGAUUACAAACUCCCUUUUGAACUGCAAGUGACCCUGAGGAGGUAUCAACAGGAAGGUAUAAACUGGCUAGCAUUUUUAAAACGCUUUAAUCUUCAUGGCAUCUUAUGUGAUGAUAUGGGCCUUGGGAAGACCCUUCAAGCAUCAAGUAUUGUGGCAUCUGAUAUAGCAGAGCACAUUGCUACAAAUAAGGGUGAGGAGUUACCACCGUCAUUAAUUAUAUGUCCGUCGACUCUUGUGGGACACUGGGUCUACGAGAUAGAGAAGUUUAUUGAUUCAUCUCUUUUAACAACACUUCAAUACAUUGGUUCUGCUCAAGAGCGCUCUUCUUUGCGAGCAGAAUUUAGUAAGUAUAAUGCAAUUGUGACAUCAUAUGAUGUUGUCCGCAAAGAUAUUGAUUACCUCAAAGAGUUUUUCUGGAAUUACUGCAUCCUAGAUGAAGGACAUAUUAUAAAAAAUUCGAAGUCCAAAGUUACUUGUGCUGUUAAACAACUUAGAGCUAAGCACCGCCUAAUAUUGAGUGGGACACCAAUUCAGAAUAAUGUCUUGGAUUUGUGGUCUCUUUUCGACUUUCUCAUGCCAGGGUUUCUUGGAACAGAAAGACAAUUUCAAGCUACAUAUGGGAAGCCUCUGUUAGCAUCUCGAGACCCUAAAUGUUCAGCAAAAGACGCUGAAGGAGGGAUACUAGCCAUGGAAGCAUUGCACAAGCAGGCUAUGCCCUUCCUUUUACGUCGUACAAAAGGUGAAGUUUUAUCUGAUUUGCCUGAGAAGAUUAUUCAGGACAGAUAUUGUGACUUGAGUCCUAUACAGCUAAAACUGUACGAACAGUUUUCUGGCUCACACGUAAGACAAGAAAUAUCAAAUAUGGUUAAGCAAACUGACGAUGCUAGCGGGCCACCCAAAACAUCUUCUCAUGUGUUCCAGGCACUUCAAUACUUGUUGAAACUUUGUAGUCAUCCAUUACUUGUCCUUGGUGAAAGGAUUCCAGAGUCACUCUUACCUAUGCUGUCAGAAAUGGUUCCUGCAAAUGCUGAUAUCGCUUCAGAGCUUCAUAAAACACAUCAUUCGCCUAAACUUGUUGCCCUUCAGGAGAUAAUGGAGGAGUGUGGAAUAGGCGUGGAUGCGUCUAGUUCUGAAGGCCCUAUUAGUGUUGGACAACAUAGGGUUCUGAUAUUCGCACAACAUAAAGCUUUAUUGGACAUUAUUGAAAGGGACUUGUUUCACUCUCAAAUGAAAAAUGUUACAUAUUUGCGGUUGGACGGAUCAGUUGAACCUGAAAAGCGAUUUGACAUUGUCAAAGCCUUCAACUCAGACCCUACAAUUGAUGCUCUUCUGCUCACAACACAUGUCGGUGGGCUUGGUUUAAACUUGACAUCUGCUGAUACCCUCGUUUUUAUGGAGCAUGACUGGAAUCCCAUGAGAGACCAUCAGGCUAUGGACAGAGCACACAGAUUAGGUCAGCGCAAAGUUGUCAAUGUCCACCGUCUGAUCAUGCGAGGCACCUUGGAAGAGAAAGUGAUGAGCCUCCAGAAAUUCAAAGUAUCAGUAGCCAAUGCUGUCAUCAAUGCAGAUAACGCUAGCAUGAAUACAAUGAACACAGACCAACUCCUCGAUCUCUUCACUUCUGCAGAUGGCAAAAAGGGAGGAGCAAGAACUUCAAAGGCAUCUGAUGGUGAUACAAAUUUACCAGGCAAAGGAAAGGGACUAAAAGCCAUUCUUGGAGGGCUGGAAGAGCUUUGGGACCACUCACAGUACACUGAAGAAUACAAUUUAAGUCAAUUUUUGGCGAAAUUAAACGGCAACGUUUGAAUCAAAGCUGCGCAGGAUGUGUAUAAAGUAGUGUAAAUUUUUCAAUUUGCAGCUCCAAUUUUGACAUCUAGUUUUUAGCUUUUUUUUUUUUUUUUUUUUUUUUUUACUUUCGGUUUCGUUUUUAGCAGUUUGAUCCGCUCAUUUUUGUGCGUGCUGGAGGUAGUUUAGUCGGAAAAUAUAGCUCAGGGAGGAGUGGGUUGGGGUACAAGGAAAAUAUGUAAGUUUUGGAUACUGUACAUACAUUCAGAUGUUUCCUGAUUUACAGUUGGUAUUCAAAAUUGAUUCAACCUCAAUUAUACAUUUGAAAUGUAUAUUCUGUUCAGACAGUACACGGAAAUCUAUGGGGCUAUUUUUUUUUU